AUGGCGACAGAAAGAGCAGCUGUGAUAUUAGAAAGAACUGGUCCGUCUCUUUUGAAGACAUGCGACUCCACCGAGGCUCAGGACUCUGGAGAGGGAAAAGUUAUGACCGCUUAUUUAAUGGACUGCAGACGGAAACAGAAGAUCAUGUGCCAUCAGCAUGGUGUCAUGGACGACAUGUUGAAGCUUCUUGCAGGUCUGGAGUCAGCAGAGCAGUUCCUCAAUGAACCAUGUCCACCUAAUCCAGACACUGAGGCCAGCACUCCCUGGAAGGCUUUGAAAGCAGAGUAUCUUGAGCAGGUCCAGGAAGUGGAAGGGAUGAUAGGCACACUGGUGGAGUGCAUGGAAGAGCUACUCAAAAAACGGCAAAGGCUGGAGGCACUAUUGGUAGACCUGGAAAAGAAAAAAGAGGAGUGCAAGGAACAGGAGCGAGCUGCACUACAAUCGAAGCAGAGGGCUGAGAAACUGAUGAAUCUGCAAAUAGAUGAUUCCCUGCAGAGAGCCCAGGAUGCCCUGCGUGCUUGUGACAGACGGCUUUCUGAACUCAAAAUUCAAGUAGAUGAUCGUUUAGCCAAGGCGUCUAAUUGGAUGGCUUUUAGAGACAGGUUGCAGGCUACCCUGGAAGUCACUCAGGCUAAUAUGCAGUACAAGUUGUUGUCUGCGAGCCCCUCUGAGCUGUGUCUAGAGCUUCUGCCCCGCUCCACCCAACAGUCCCUGCAGCCUCUUCAUCUGUCUAUCACCAUGACCAAAGAAGACCACUUCCGCCUGCAGGUUUUUCAGGGCACCGCAGGCCUCUUGGAGGAGUCAGUGGAAGGCCCUGUAAGAGAGCUGAGUGCUGCACUGUUGGAAGUGAUGGAGUGCUACAUUAGUCAAGGAAAGAUGCUUGCUGAAAUCCAGGCUCUGCAUUCCAGGUUUGCAAUCGACUGGUGUCCAGCAAAGCGCCUACUGAUCUUCCUCAAGUCCGCCACCACAGUGUGCCACCUGGAGCUGGACGAGGGCUACCCGUCAAGUGGCUGCGCCAAACUGCUUGCUGUGCGCAAAGAUGGCAACCUUCUCAAUCUUUCUGCCCUGCAGCCCAUUGUGAUGAAUCCUACUCUGACAGAUUGGCUUGAGUUUCUCUCCUCAUAUCCGGAUUUCUGAGCACAGCCUGCAAAGUGAAGCAAUGCAAAAAUGUUUACUAUGGUUGCAUCUCACCUGUAUGUAUGUAAUAAAAUAAUCUUGACUGGCAAUGUAUGUAAACGGCAAAAAUAAUUAUUUAAUGCUAUUAGCACCUGUCUGCACCAGGUAAUGCAUCAAUCAGAACAGUUUUUGAGCAUCAACAUGUACAUCAAGUGUUGUCUUUUCUGUGUUCGUCUUGUUUUGUGUAUGCUAUAUUACUGUCUUUAUAUAGGAAACACCUGUAGGUGCUACUGAAUCAUUCUGUAUGUUUUUCUAUAAUAUUUUUUUUCUAAAAAAAAAAAAAAGUGCUAUAAUAGAUGUUUUAAAACUUAUCCGAUAGUAAAUAUAGAGAAUUGAUCAAAUAUUAUAUCUCACUAUACACUCUAUAUUACACUAUACACUCAUGGGCCACUUAAAUAUUUACACCUUUACCUUUAAAUAUUUACACCUAAACCUCAGAAUGGGUAAAAAAAAAAAAAAAAGUUAUGUCAGUGACUUUGACUAUGGCAUGGUUGUUGGUGCCAGUCGAGCUGGUUUUGGGGAUUUUAGAAACUGCUGAUCCUCUAAGGUUUACACAGAAUGGUGUGAAAAAUGUAAAAUGUCUUGUUGAUGAGGUGUCGGAGGAUAAUAGCCAGGCUGGUUUGAGCUGACAGAAUAGCUGUGGUAACUCAGAUAUCCACUUUACAAUGCGUGAGCAGAAAUAUAUAUUAGUGUGUAACUUGUUGAAUUUUGAGCCAGAUGGGCUACAACAGCAAACGAUUACAUCAGGUUCCAUUCCUAUCAGUCAGAACAGGAAGCUGGGCUCAUUGAAACUGGGGAGAUGUAGAUGGGGAAAAGACUAGAUGAGACGAGGCAAUCUUCCAUGAUUAAAACUAAACACAUUCAUGAAUAUGAACUAAUGGCUUAAUUAAAUUAAAUCUGUUUGUAGUGGCUAAUUGGCAAAAUUUAUUAGUAAAGCUGAAAAGUGGGUGCCAGUAUUUACACCCACUGACCUGAUUAUCAACAUUUAUAACAUUUCAAGAGUGAGCAUCACACUGAAUCCCCCCUCUCUUCUUGUUAAGAAGAUCUUAACUUUGUGAUGUUUUGAAUAACUCAGCCAUGAGCAUUUAAUGCAGGUCUAUUUAUUUAACAUUUAAACAAACAGUUAAUUCAUUGCCUUUGAUUUUGCUUCUGCAUUAUUAAUGCUGAGGUUUAUAGGUUUCUUAUCUUAAAUAAUGUAUAAUAGUACUAAUGUUAAUUUAGUGUUCCUUAAUGUGAAACAAUACCACAUUAUGUUAUAAGAGAUUGACCUUUUUUUUCUUAUUAUUUGUGUAUGAACAGACUUCACCAGUAGGAGGCAGCACAUAUCAAUUUGUGUUUAUGUUUGCCCACCCUUAGAAAAUAAGGUUCAUGAAUGAUUAUUUGGAUACUUAUAACUUUUUAGAUUCAUACUGAACUGGUUCUGUUUGGAAAUCUCUCUGAAACAAAACCCCUCUGUUGUAGGGUUCUACCAAAAGACAAACAAAAAACAUUUCAAGUUCUAGAUUUAACUUUUUUUUUUUUUUUCUCCAAGAAUGUAGGACUGCUCCAGCUCUAAAUGUAAACCUAUUUAAACAAUUUUGUUUCAUUAAACCUGGGAAUAGAAUAAUUCUCAA